AUCACUGAACAGCGGAAACUGUUGCGGAGCCUCGAGGUUUUACAGCUCGGCAUGGAAAAGAAAAGUUCUGCACGAAGAAAAGGCUCGGAGCUAAAACAUGAGGGCUCUGUCUCUGAGGGCCCAGGACGCGCUGGAAGAUCCAUCCUGAUGCCCAUAGUCAAUGGCCAAAAUGUGCCCAUUGGUGUUGGGGGGAACAGAAAGGAAGCAAAGCAGCAUGCAACUAAAAGUUCUCUGAGAGGUUUGAUUGAGACGGAAAAUCAGAGACCAGUGGAACAAAAUCCUGAUGUGAGGCCCAAAAGAGAGCCUGCAGAAAAUCUUCAAAACACCAGUCGAAACAUCAAAGAGGUGUGUUUCUAUUCAGCUAUAUGUGAUGAUGGAGUGCCAGUCAAACCAGACACACCACAAACUGAACCGGAGUUCUGUGAUGCAAAAUCAAAAAGCGUGGCAAACGGUACAACAGACUUAGAUGUUUUCCGUGAUGCAUCAAACCGUCCCAAGGUUCAGGAACAAAAUCCUGAUGUGAGGCCCAAAAAAGAGCCUGCAGAAAAUCUUCAAAACACCAGUCGAAACAGCAAAGAGGAGGUGCUGAUUCCUGAAGAAAUGAAAACAGGAAAUGGUCCUAGUGAGCAGGCGUCAUCGGUGUCAGAAACUUCUGAUGUGUGCUUCAGCAAUAAAAGAUUUGUAUCAGACUUUAACCCCAUGGAGUACCUCGGCGGAGGAGCGUUUGGCCGUGUUUUCAAGGCAGAACACAAACUGAUGAAGAAGGAUUUUGCUGUAAAGAUUGUCCCAUGUUACAGUAUUGAAAAAGCUGUACAAGAGGCGACGGCACUGUGUGACCUCCUUCACUGUAACGUUGUUCGAUUCUACUCAAGUUGGUUAGAGGAUUCAGGACACGCAUUGGACAGUGUGGAUGACAGCUACAGCACAUCACAGUCCUCCAGUAAACCACCUAAAGGGUACCUCUAUAUUCAGAUGGAGCUGUGUGACACCAAAACUCUUAGAGUGUGGAUAGAUGAGAAAAAUGCUCAGAAUGUGACAAAAGACUCCAAGAGAAGAAAGGAAAGUCUAACCAUUGCUCAGCAAAUGGUCAGCGCAGUCGAGUACAUUCACUCCAAGAAGCUCAUCCACCGAGACCUGAAGCCUGCCAACAUCAUGUUCGGACGGGACAGAGAAGUGAAGAUUGGAGAUUUUGGUCUGGUCACUGCUGAGAAUGAUGACGAUGCUGAGAAUGAUGGCGAUGCUGAGAAUGAUGGCGAUGCUGAGAACCUGAUUGAGAGAACAGUGUGCAAAGGAACCCCAUCUUACAUGGCUCCUGAGCAGAAGAGUGAGACGACUUAUGACCAAAAGGUUGAUAUAUUUGCUUUGGGGCUGAUAUACUUUGAACUUCUUUGGAAACUCUGCACUGCCCAUGAAAGACAAGAGGUAUGGGAUGAUGCCAGGAGACAGAAACUUCCCAAUAAGUUUUCAGACUUGUUUCCCAAUGAGUUCUUCAUCAUAAGGCCAAUGCUGAGUUUGAAGCCAGAAGACCGACCUGAGGCAAGUAAGCUCAAGUUAGACUUGGAAAAGUGUGCUCAGAGAUUCAACACUCAAGACAGUGCGUCGCGCCACAGGACCGUCUGAGUAACAGAAGAACCGAAAACAUCAUGGUUGUUUUAUCAUAUCCUGUACAUGUACUUGGAAGGUCUAUUUUAAUGUCCAAAAAGGAUUUUCAGAGUAUAUGAAAUAUUAUGCAUUAUUAUGGAGACUGAGGAUAAGUAAAAAUAAAAAGAUCAUGUCAUGAAUUUCAGAAGAAUUUUUUUUUUUUUUUUUUAAUUAGAUAAGUUGCAUGCUGCCUUAAUUCUCUUGUAAUACUUGAUAAUCAUUUUACCUUUGAAACAGAAAGACAGAGUCUGUAGGACUCUGGAGGCUCUAAAUAAGAAUCUAAGCUUUGUAAAGCUGAAUUCUUAGAUGCAAUUUUUUAAAUGUGUUUGUAUUAUUUUUACGUCACACCUCAAAGAUCUGGCAGUGUUAUAGACAGUCUCCAAGUUCUCAAGUGAACGCACAAAGUAGAAAUAUUUUGUAGCUUUCUGUCUGUUUAUGUUGACAUGGCUUAGCUCUUAUUGUUAUUUUAAAACAUUGUUAUUGGAUGAUUAAGAAUGAGAAAUGUGCAGUUUGAGAAUUACAUUCAUGUUAGGAGUGCAGUAUAAAAUGACUGCAUCACACUGUUUGCACUGACAGAUGAAUGUAAAGCUGUGCAUGUUUAUCUAUGUCUGACAGUCUUUGUUAAAGGUGUAAGUUACAUCUUACACAACAUGUGUAACAACAUAUGGGCAAUGUCUAUUUUUUCUUUUCAAAGCCUGGAGAUUAUGUGUUGUACAGUACAUCACAAAAAUAAACCGGCCAUAACUGGUAUUAUUUCA